UCAAUGGAGGCGGAUGAGGUAGACUGAUUGUCUGAAACCCAAAACAAACCUCUUUCACGAUUUACGUAGAGUUUGUUUUCAGUGGAAUUCCUGUGGGCUUAACUGGCCUGAUGAACUUAGCAACUUUAGGAGCAGACCAACAGUCAAACUUGCUGUUUGUCAACUGUAAUCAGGAUUGCUCAUCACUUGCAGUAGGGACAAAGACAGGGUACAAGCUUUUUUCAUUAGGAUCAGUGGACAAGCUAGAGCAAAUCUACGAAAAUGAUUCUGAGGAUAUCUGCAUUGUGGAGAGGCUGUUUUCGAGCAGUCUGGUUGCAAUAGUGAGCUUGUCAGCUCCUAGGAAACUGAAAGUGUGCCAUUUUAAGAAGGGGACAGAAAUAUGCAACUACAGUUAUUCCAACUCUAUAUUAGCUGUCAGGCUAAACAGACAAAGACUUAUAGUAUGCCUAGAGGAAAGCCUUUACAUUCACAACAUAAGGGACAUGAAAGUCCUACAUACUAUUCGAGACACUCCACCAAACCCAAGUGGCCUAUGUGCACUGUCGAUCAACAAUGAUAACUCUUUCCUGGCAUACCCAGGAAGUAACCAGAUUGGGGAGGUCCAAAUAUUUGAUACUGUAAACUUGAGAGCUGUUACAAUGAUACCUGCACAUGACAGCCCAUUAGCAGCUUUGGCAUUUAAUCCUUUGGGCACUAGAGUCGCAACAGCAUCAGAAAAGGGUACAGUCAUCAGAGUAUUUUCAGUUCCUGAUGGACAGAAAUUGUUUGAGUUUAGGAGAGGUAUGAAACGAUGUGUCAGUAUCAACUCCCUGGCCUUCAGUGCUGACUCUCUUUACCUGGCAGCCUCUAGUAACACAGAAACUGUACAUAUAUUCAAACUGGAAAUGAUCAAAGAUCAUAGACCUCAUGAGGAGCCUCAGGGCUGGAUGGGUUACUUUGGUCAAGCCCUAAAAACCUCAGCUAACUACUUACCUGCACAGGUCACUGAGAUGUUUAACCAAGGGAGAUCAUUUGCCGCAGCUCGCCUGCCUAGUUCUGGGCUGCGCAACGUCUGUGCAUUAGCUACGAUUCAGAAAUUACCCCGUCUGCUGGUGGCCUCUCAGGACAGUUAUUUGUACAUAUAUAACAUUGAUCCAAAUGAAGGUGGAGAUUGCAUGUUGUUGAGACAGCAUAGGUUGGAUGGUAGGCCUGGGGAAGGAGCACAUUCACCCGACUCCCAGACCAGUGUUGACAAAGCUCUGUCCCAGACUGGGGCCAGCUAUGCCUCCACAGUGCGCCGCCCAGACCAAGGCCCACUACUCCAGGGGACGCCCCCAGAAUCUCAACCCUACCAGGACCUAGAACAGGGAGCUGUUGGGGGAGAUUUGGAGAGCCCAGCAAUUGGAGCUUUAAGAUUGGAUGAUGACAAUGAAUUUCCUCCAAUGACACACAAGAAUGACUGAUCGUCUGCUUUAUCUUGUAUGUUAACAGACUAUCAUCUUUACUGUUCAAAGUCAAGCAUUCAUUUAAUUUCACACCAUCUAGGAGCUUUAUUUAGGUUUUUGGCUUAUAUAUUUUUUUUUCUUGAAUUUCACACUUAUUUGGUUUAUAUGGAAUUUAUUUUAAGAUAAAAAUGUGAUCUUUUCAUGAAGUCAGCCUUCAAAUUAUUUGGCUUUAGAAAACACUCAUUCCACAGCAGUAAAGGGGAGGUGCUGUGGAUUUUUAUAAGUGACCGCCAUGUACGACAGCAGAGAUGUGGAAAUUUCAUACAACUUAGAUCAAAAGUUAACUUAACAUUGUAGAAAGCUUGUAAUCAGUCUUGGAAUUCUGUGUGUAGGAGUUUGUCAUCACUAAAUCAAUACAACAGGGAUUAUGUAUAAACUUGGUGACUUUGUGAAAUAUUGUGAGGAAAUUAAACACUCAAAUGUAUCAUAACCCAUUCAUGUCCUUGCCCUUUGGCUUUGGUAUUUCACUGCGGCAGUCACUCUGUGUCCAUAGGCUAACUGAUGAAGUGCUUGAUGCCUCUUACGUGGAUAUCCUGAUGUGUUGUGAGAAAUAUAUUGUAUCUUUUAUAACUGCCAUGAAUAUAAGUAAAACCUUACCUGCAAAACUUGUGCAAAUGAUUGACAAGAUAAAGUGUAUCUGUUUGUUGGAUUGAUGCCAUGUCGUUUUGUCGUUUGGCAGAUGCUAUUAGAUGGAUAUUUGAUAUUUCUUUAAUGCAAAUAAUUAGCUUGCAAUAAAUAGUUCCAGUGUUAAAGUAUUUCUGCAUAAUGAUUUAACCAAAAACAACUGUUUGCUCGUAAACCAUGAAUAAGCUUGCCAUCAGUAAGUAAAGAAUGGCAUAUUCAGCCAAAAUGUUAGCACAGCUGAGACAACUGUAUAGCUGCCAUGUGACCAGCCGUUACCUUAUCUGAAGACUCUGCAGUUUCAGACCACUGUCUUAGUUAAUUUUUUUGUGGAUGAAUAUUUCCCAAUGUUUUCCUCCAGAAUAGAACUUUAAUGAUACCGUUUUACAUGUUUGUUUUUUUGUUUUGUUACUUUUUGUCCUUGGAUCCCAUCCAUCUUCAGAUUGUGAGGUUAAGAACCAUGCCCAUUCUCUUAUGAUAAAAUGCUUGUCAGCACACUACAUAUAUAUUGGCAAUGUUAUGAUAGUGUUAGCGUGGAGAUCAAACGUUUGUAACAGUAAAUGUACAUAAAUAUUGCCCCUCCUUUUACCUGUACAAAUGAUGUAUUAAAGAGAUAAAGGAAUUUCCAGUUGAUGAGAUAAAUUGAACUUGUUCCAAUUUACUUUAACAUCAGCUGAAAGAAAACUUCUGUUCUUUAAGGAUUUAAAUAUUAUCUUUAUCUUGUAUUAUUGCAAGAUGUCUUAAUAUUAAUAAACACAGAAAAAUUCACAAUGUA